AUGGUCAACGUCCUCAUCAUCGGUGCCGCAGGACGGAUUGGAAGCGUUACCGCGCAAGCCUGCCUCGAGCGUGGACACGAAGUGACGGCCUACGUGCGUUCGCCGUCUAAGCUUGACCCUUCUAUCCGCGAGAAGGUCCGGGUAGUGCAGGGGAACGCGAAGGAAAAAGAGAUCCUAAAGUCGGCGAUGGGGGGUCAAGACACGGUGAUACAGGCGGCGGUGUACGGCUCGAACACACCGUGGGGCAAGUCUGAUUCCGAGGACGUCGUGCGUGCUGUGGUCGAGGCUGCGAAGGAGGUUACCGCAGCGUCGGGCAAGUCGCCGCGUCUUUGGGUGCUAUCCGGACAGGUCCUCAUGGACCUCCCGUACCAUCCGGGCUGGAUUGAAGGCGAUGCCAUCCCGGUGCAUCCUGAGCAUUAUCCUAACUACAAGCUUCUCCGCGAGGAGGCGCAGGAGCUGGACUGGAGCUUGAUGUGCCCGGCUAAAAUAGACGAAGGCGAGCCCGCCGGGCCCAUAGUACACGCCGUCGACGUUAUACCGCUCUGGAUCGCUCCAGGUAUCCUAGGAAAGCUGCCCUUCAUCGGUCCGACCCUGAACGCCAUCUACAACGUCGCCCAGCAGAAAUUAACAUAUAAAUCCGUCGGCGUCUUCCUGGCUGAGCAUGUUGGCGCAGAAGAAGAAUUACAUCACAAGCGAGUUUGCAUCCUGGAGGAUUGGAAGAGAAUGCAAUAG